UAGGUUUGGUUUCGUUACCCUCAAAGUCCAUUAGUGUGGAGAUAUCCCAAACUUGGCAAUCGCAGUAAUUAGGGUUUUACUAUUUUUGCAGUCAUGAAUCCAGUGUUGGGAUCUACAUCUUGUUUCUUCAAUGUCGAGUCGAUCCCGAUGCUAAAUGGUUCAAACUUUUCGGAAUGGAAAGAACAUUUGUUACUUGUGCUUGCCCUCAUGGAUCUUGAUAUUUCCCUCAGGGAAGAGCGUCCGAAGCACAUUGACAUUGUCAAAACCGAGCGUUGGGACCGAUCCAACCGCAUGAGUAUGAUGAUAAUGAAAACCCGAAUCCCACCAAAAUUCAGAGGCAUUGUCCCCAAGGAUGUUACAACCGCCAAAGAAGUUUUGGCUGCAGUUGAGAAAUGCUAUGCGAAAAAGGACGGGGCAGAGGUCAGAACGGUGCUAGCCGAGUUUCGGUCAACGAAAAAAACGAAUGAGAGUGUUAGAGAGUAUAUUAUGAUGAAGAUGAGCGUUGCAGCUAAGUUGAAGAAACUCGGGAUGCAUAUUCCUGAUAAUGUCGUGGCAGCUUUUAUACUCGAUAGUCUACCCUCGGACUAUGAAAUUCUUAGGAGUACUUAUAACCGUCUCCAACUGGAAUGGUCGACUCAUGAUCUCAUCUCUCACUGUGUGCAAGAAGAGGAGAGGUUGACAAGUGAAAAGAAAGAACAUGAUCUUGUUACAGGUAAAGUCAUAUGUGAUAAGAAAAGAAAGCACUAUGACCAAUGUUUAUGAUUGAUUCAGGAAACUAGAAGUAACAAAACGUUCUGGAGUUUUCAUUGUUAUAUUGUGUUUCAAACAUUUUUUAGAGUAACAACUUUUUGCUUUGAGCAUAUCAUAAUAUUUCUGUGUU